AAUAACAAUUGAAAUUGAAUCUCAAUCCCAUAAUCCCUAAUACCAAAUAACAAUUGAAAUUGAAUCCCAAUCCCAUAUUCCCUAAUACCAAAUAACAAUUGAAAUUGAAUCCCAAUCCCAUAAUACCUAAUACCAAAUAACAAUUGAAAUUGAAUCUCAAUUCCAAUCCUAAUUCCAAGAAAUUAUACGUGUAUUCGGUAAUAUUGAAUAUAGACAAAUUCGAAACGAUUUUCAAUAUAUUUCAAAUACUAGUACCAAACUUCCAAUCCCAUCGACGAGGAAAGAAUUCUAGAGGGUUCCAGUCCGCUCCAUUCAUCCAUUGUAUUUUAGGACAAAACAAAAGAAACGGUAAUUGCAAUUUGCAGGGGAUGGACGGCGUGGAUCUGGUGGAAGCUUCAAGAGUCAGCCAGGAUCUCUCAACCCUUUUUUUCUGCCUCCAUCCUACACGGCUGCCAGCCCUGAAUCCAUCUUUGUCAUAAACCUCUCCUCCGGCUCCCCCUAAACCUCUGGGUAAUCUUAGUCUCCACUCAAUCUUUCUUGUGCUUCCCCAUUUUCCAAGGCCGCAAUUCAGUUACUUGCAUGUGAAAUCGUUUUGCACCACCAGUCACUGCGUUUAUUUGCUUCAGGAAUCACCUGCUUGCUUUGCUUCUGUAUUUGUGUUGUAUUCUGGUCACGGAUGUUGUCCUUCCUUACCUUACGUGACAGUGACAUGCUUGCUAGCCCUGGUUUUCCUUUCUACGUCUACCUCAAUUCCGCUGUUGCUUAUUUUGUCUCAAAAGGAUUGGCAUCAGCCUUUUUCUCGUAAAGGUUUUAGGAUCUCUUUGUUCAGCAUUUUUCUCUCUUACUGUUGCCGAGGGAUGAUUCUCAGUCGCUUAGCAUUUGCCUGCACUCCACUUCUAAUACGAGGAUCUUCUCUGCUGUUGCAGAUAAGAUGGCUUCAACCUUCUCUACCAUGUCCUCCGUCGCUGCCUUGUCUACCCCUAGCGGCCCCGCUAUGGACAAGAGACUACCUUCUCCUUCAAACAAGUUGUCUUCACUUGCUUCCGUUUCCGGGAGCUCAUUCGGGAGAAGACAAAAUGUUGUGUUGAGAAAUUCACGUUUGCCUAUGACUUGUAAGGCAGCCAAGGACUUGCAUUUCAACAAAGAUGGCUCGGCAAUUAAGAAGCUGCAGUCUGGUGUGAACAAGCUUGCUGACCUUGUUGGUGUUACUCUGGGACCUAAAGGCCGCAACGUUGUUCUAGAGAGCAAGUAUGGCUCGCCGAAGAUUGUUAAUGAUGGUGUAACUGUUGCCAAGGAGGUCGAAUUGGAGGAUCCAGUUGAGAACAUUGGUGCAAAGUUGGUAAGACAGGCUGCUGCUAAGACUAAUGACUUGGCUGGUGAUGGCACAACAACAUCUGUUGUCCUUGCACAAGGCCUUAUUGCUGAAGGUGUUAAGGUAGUGGCAGCUGGUGCAAACCCCGUGCUAAUCACUCGUGGCAUUGAAAAGACUACCAAGGCUCUUGUCAAUGAACUGAAGUCCAUUUCAAAAGAGGUUGAAGACAGCGAACUAGCUGAUGUUGCUGCUGUUAGUGCUGGCAACAACUAUGAAGUAGGGAAUAUGAUUGCUGAAGCAAUGAGCAAAGUUGGUCGAAAGGGAGUUGUGACUUUGGAAGAAGGGAAAAGUGCAGAAAACAAUCUCUACGUUGUUGAGGGAAUGCAGUUUGACCGGGGUUAUAUCUCACCUUACUUUGUAACCGAUAGUGAGAAAAUGUCAGUUGAAUACGAUAGCUGCAAGCUGCUUCUUGUUGAUAAGAAAAUAAGCAAUGCGAGGGAUCUUGUUAACAUACUGGAAGAUGCAAUCAGAAGCGGAUUCCCGAUCGUGAUAGUCGCUGAAGAUAUCGAACAGGAGGCUCUUGCGACACUUGUGGUGAACAAGCUUAGAGGGGCACUUAAGAUUGCUGCUCUGAAAGCUCCUGGGUUUGGAGAGAGGAAGAGCCAGUAUCUUGACGAUAUUGCUAUUCUUACUGGAGGAACUGUUAUCAGAGAGGAGGUGGGCCUUUCAUUGGACAAAGUUGGCAAGGAGGUCCUAGGAACUGCUUCGAAGAUUGUCCUUACUAAGGAUACUACGACAAUUGUUGGGGAUGGGAGCACCCAGGAAGCAGUAAACAAGAGAGUUGCUCAAAUUAGAAAUCUCAUCGAGGCUGCGGAGCAAGAUUAUGAGAGGGAAAAACUUAACGAGAGAAUUGCAAAGCUGUCUGGUGGUGUUGCAGUGAUCCAGGUUGGAGCGCAAACUGAGACGGAGCUGAAAGAGAAGAAAUUGAGGGUUGAAGAUGCUUUGAAUGCGACUAAGGCAGCAGUGGAGGAAGGUAUUGUAGUUGGUGGUGGAUGCACUUUGCUCAGACUUGCAUCUAAAGUAGAUGCUAUUAAGGACAGCCUUGAAAAUGAUGAAGAAAAGGUUGGAGCUGAUAUCGUGAAGAGAGCUCUGAGUUACCCUUUGAAACUUAUCGCCAAGAAUGCAGGAGUCAAUGGCAGUGUAGUGAGCGAGAAGGUGCUAUCAAGUGACAAUCCUAAGUAUGGGUACAAUGCUGCAACUGGAAAGUAUGAAGAUCUAAUGGCGGCUGGAAUCAUUGACCCGACCAAGGUGGUGAGGUGCUGCCUCGAACAUGCCGCCUCUGUGGCCAAGACGUUCUUAAUGUCGGACUGUGUAGUGGUUGAGAUCAAGGAACCCGAGCCAGUGGCUGCCGGCAACCCCAUGGACAAUUCAGGCUAUGGGUACUGAUGAUAGUAAGAGAUCCGGUUAGAGGAAAAAGAAGCAAGAGCAGAGAAUCAUAAGUGGCACUGUAGUGGGAUGGACCGAGGGAGUUUGGCGCUUCAAUGAAUGUACAUUUUAUGAUAUAUAUUUUAUUGCAGUGGCGGCAGAGUAGUGUCCGGUGUAUGGGCAAAUAUGCACACAAACACUGCCACUAGUUGUAGUAGUUGGGCACUGAAUUUUGUAGACGUUUUCAGUUUUAAUACAUGCUCAUUUUACUUUUAAUUGCUGGGUUUGGACUGCCAAACCUGUUAGUUUCCAGGUUACCCUUUCUAUUAGAAUGCUGCUGUGUUCCUACUGAUCCCACAACUUGUUUUUUAUUGUUCUCGAAAGGAUGUGACAACUUCAAAGUCCGAAGCUGGGUAACAAUUUCGGCGCCACAAAACACAAAUUACAUAGAAGCAGCAGAAAAUCAGCCGACACUCGUAAAACUGCAGUUUGGUACCGAUUUUGAAAAAAUGAGAUGAGCAAAACGAAAAGAGGAUACACAGAAGCAAAACCAUAAACUUGAGUUGCUCCCUCUACUAUUUCACAAGUUGUUUGUAAUAUAUUUGUUGAAGCCCU